AUGGAAGCAGCGCCAUCUGCAGGAAGAUUCCGUCCUGAGAUCAUUGCUCAAAUGACUCAGAUUGUAGACUUCCUUACCAAGAACAAUGCUCCUAUAACAAUCAACAUCUACCCCUUCUUGAGUCUCUAUGGUAACGAUGAUUUCCCACUCAACUACGCCUUCUUCGAUGGAGCUCAGCCUGUAGAUGACCACGGCAUUUCUUACACGAACGUUUUCGAUGCAAAUUUCGACACUUUGGUAUCGUCUUUGAAAGCUGUUGGUCAUGGAGACAUGCCUAUCGUAGCAGGCGAUGCUUACAGAUUAUACAACGGUCAAGGACAGAACAAGCUCUUGGUUGGUGCUCAAAACGUGACGUAUCUACAGAACAAGUGGUGUAGCUUUAAUCCAGAAGCUAAAGAUUUGACGAAACUUGCUAAGAACAUUGAUUUUGCCUGCACUUACUCUGAUUGCACGGCUCUUGGUUAUGGAUCUUCUUGCAAUGGUCUUGAUGCAAAUGGGAACGCGUCGUAUGCGUUUAACAUGUAUUUUCAGGUGAAGAACCAGGAUGAGGAAGCGUGUAUCUUCCAAGGGGGGCUUAGUUUGGUUGAGGCGUUGAAGAUUUUUGCGUUUGUCCAUGUAAUAACUUACUUGGAAGAGUGA